GACCGUUAUUGUCGGGUCACGCGCCUGCCCUCGCGCCGCUGGAGCCUGACCAUGGAGGAGUCUGGCAUGCCUCAUGAAUCAGCAGAGGAUCUAUUUCAUUUCAAUGUUGGGGGCUGGCAUUUCUCAGUUCCCAGAAGCAAGCUCACUCAGUUCCCAGACUCUCUGCUGUGGAAAGAGGCUUCAGCCUUGACCUCUUCAGAAAGCCAGAGGUUAUUCAUCGACAGAGAUGGUUCCACAUUUAGGCAUGUGCACUAUUAUCUCUAUACCUCCAAACUCUCCUUCUCCAGCUGUGCAGAACUGAACUUGCUCUAUGAACAAGCACUGGGUUUGCAGCUGAUGCCUUUGCUACAGACUCUAGAUAAUCUGAAGGAAGGGAAACACCAUCUCCGUGUGCGGCCUGCUGACAUACCAGUUGCUGAGAGAGCAUCUCUGAAUUACUGGAGGACAUGGAAGUGUAUCAGCAAACCCUCAGAGUUUCCUAUCAAAAGCCCGGCCUUCACAGGCCUACAUGAUAAGGCACCUUUGGGGCUCAUGGACACACCACUGUUAGAUACGGAAGAGGAAGUGCACUACUGUUUCCUGCCCCUAGACCUAGUGACCAAGUAUCCAAGCCUAGUAACUGAAGACAACCUGCUGUGGCUGGCUGAGACUGUGGCCCUGGUCGAGUGCGAGUGCAGCGAGUUCCGCUUCAUUGUGAAUUUUCUCCGCUCACGGAAGAUUUUGCUACCAGACAACUUCUCCAAUAUAGAUGUGUUAGAAGCAGAAGUAGAAAUUCUGGAAAUUCCUGAGCUCACAGAAGCUGUACGGUUGUAUCGGAUGAACAUGGGUGGCUGUUCCCGGACCUCUUGUCCUCCCCCGAGUCCUGGGAAGGGGGGCCGUGCAGCAGGCCUGGAGUCUGUGAAACCACUGUACACGAUGGCCCUGGGCCUGCUGGUCAAGUACCCAGACUCGGCCCUGGGGCAGCUCCGCAUCGAGAGCACCCUGGACGGGAGCAGACUGUACAUCACGGGGAACGGGGUCCUCUUCCAGCAUGUCAAGAACUGGCUCGGGACUUGCCGGCUGCCCUUGACCGAGACCAUUUCUGAGGUAUACGAGCUCUGUGCCUUCUUGGACAAGAGGGACAUCACCUAUGAGCCGAUGAAAGUGGCACUAAAGACUCAUCUGGAGCCAAGGACUCUGGCACCCAUGGAUGGACUUAAUGAGGAGUGGACCGCAGAAAUCACCGUUUAUUCCCCUCAACAGAUCAUCAAAGUUUAUGUGGGCAGCCACUGGUACGCAACCACGCUGCAGACCCUGCUGAAGUAUCCAGAACUGCUGUCCAACCCUCAGAGAGUGUACUGGAUUACAUAUGGACAGACCCUGCUGAUCCACGGUGAUGGCCAAAUGUUCCGACACAUCCUCAACUUCCUGAGGCUUGGGAAACUGUUUUUGCCAUCUGAGUUUAAGGAGUGGCCCCUCUUCUGCCAGGAGGUGGAGGAAUACCACAUCCCUUCCCUCUCAGAAGCCCUUGCCCAAUGUGAGGCAUACAAGUCAUGGACCCAGGAGAAAGAAUCUGAAAGUGAAGAAGCUUUUCCCAUCAGGAGGCUACACGUGGUGACAGAAGGGCCAGGGUCCCUAGUGGAGUUCAGUAGACAAGCGAAAGAAACCACAGCCUGCAUGCCUGUGGACUUCCAAGACUGCAAUGACAGGACUCCAUGGAGCAAGGCCACAGGGACUCUGGCCAGGCCCAGCCAGAUGGAGGAUGCUGAGCAGUACUCGCGGACCUUCCAGGUGUCCUUGUGCCGAAGUGCCAAGAGGGUGGGCAGUCCCAGCACAUAUUCCCACUGUCCUGGCCUCUGUGCCAACCCCAGACAUUGGGGGGCCCACCCAGAGAGUCCCCCUAAAAAGAAGUGCAACACAGUCAACCUCACACAGAAAUCUGAAACCAAAGACCCUCCUGUCACCCCCAUGCAAAAACUCAUCUCCCUGGUAAGGGAAUGGGACAUGGUCAAUUGCAAACAGUGGGAAUUCCAGCCACUGUCAGUCCCCCGGAGCAGUAACUUAGAGGAGGGCGCCCCGCAGCUCCCCUCGGGAAAUGAGGCUGCUUCCCAGCCCAGCACCUCAGCUUCCUGGAAAGGCCAUUCCACAGUCUCAGAAAAGGACUCAGGUCUGCAGACAGGAACUGGAGCCAAAGAGAAAGGACCAGAGCCAACCUUUAAGCCGUACUUCCCCACAAAAAGAGCGGUCAUGCUGAAGGACUGGGGCAAACAGAGAACAAAGGAGAGAGAAAGUCCCAGCCUUGAGCAGCCUCUGCCUGAGGCCAGUGAAGUGGACAAUGCAGGAGUCAUCCUAAAAGUGACCCACCCCCCCGUGGUGGGAAGUGAUGGCUCGUGCAUGUUCUUUGAGGACAGCAUCGUCUACACUACACAGAUGGACAACCUCAGGCACACGCCACCCACAACCAGUCCCCAGCCCCAAGAGGUGACUUUCCUUAGUUUCUCUCUGUCCUGGGAAGAGAUGUUUUAUGCACAGAAAUGUCACCGCUUCCUGACCGACAUCAUCCUGGACUCCAUCAGGCAAAAGGACCCCAAAGCCAUCACAGCCAAGGUGGUCUCCUUGGCCCACCGGCUGUGGACCCUGCACAUCAGCCCCAAGCAGUUUGUGGUGGACUUGCUGGCCAUAACUGGCUUCAAGGAUGACCGGCACACCCAGGAACGCCUGUACAGCUGGGUGGAGCUCACACUGCCUUUCGCCAGGAAAUAUGGCCGCUGCGUGGACCUGCUCAUCCAGAGGGGCCUCUCCAGGUCUGUCUCGUACUCCAUCCUGGGCAAGUACUUACAAGAGGGCUAGAGGGCCCAGAGACACUCUGCCCACCUGCAAGGUUCAUUUUAACAAGGGUGACCCCAAGGAUGUG